AUGGAGGUGAUCUUGGAGCAGCACUUGGAGGACCCAAUGAAGAAUCCAUCCAUUGUUGGGAGUCCUGUGCACAGAUUCACAAGACUUAAUCUGGGCUGCCAUGGGACCCUGUCAGAUGAACAUGCUGGAGUGGUAUCUGUUCUAGCCCAGCAAGCAACUAAGUUAACCCCUGACCCCACUGACUUUCCCGUGGUGUGCCUAGAAUCAGAUAAUGGGAACAUUAUGAUCUGGAAAUACGAUGGCAUCACAGUGGCGCUGCAUAAAAUGACCUUUUGA